AUGUCCAGCACCGAGACUGCGCUAAGAACCUUCGACACCGGCCGAACUAUCUGGACGCUCACCGGGCUCGCCAUCAGAAUAGCAGAAUCCCUCGGCGUACACGAAGACGGCUCCCGUCUCGGCCUGGGUCCCUUUGAGACGGAAAUGCGUUGUCGUCUCUGGUGGCAUCUCACCGCCCUAGACGCCACGGCGCCCGAAAGCCACGGAUUCAACAACACAAUGGCCGACCGCGGCAAAAUCUUUCGCUUACCGCUGAAUGUGAACGAUACCGAACUGUGGCCCCAUAUGGACAAGGUUCCUGCUGGAAGAGAGGAGUGGACAGAGACAACCUUUUCCAUCAUGAAUUUAGACCUCUGCCGCAACCUACGCCACGCCGUCUCCGCUGUCGGGGCGGCCGACGAGCAGACGAGGGAGGCCAAGAUCCAGCAGACGGAGUCCUCCGUAGCCCAUCGCUGGCUCCGAUUCGCGCCCAAAAAUAACGACGUGUGUCGUGCCGCAGAGUCUUUGCUUCGGAUAUCUGUAUCCAAAGCGCGAUUCAUCUUGAUGCUCCAGGCAUGGCUCUCGACGCCGAUGGAACAAGAGUGCAGGUACCGGUACCUGCCCCAUUCCCUCUUCACCACUGCCAUUGGACUGCUGGAGCAAGGGUAUCUGCUUCAAUCAGGGAAGCUUCUCCCUGGGUACGCUUGGUUCUACCAGCAGCAUCCGCAGCUGUACGCCCUGUUCCUCACGCUCCGCACGCUCGUCGAUUCGCCCGAACGAGGGGAGGCGGAGCGCGGUUGGAUUGCUGUGGAUAACUAUAUUGCCUGCCUCACUGAUUUUGAAGAGGCCAAUGAGCGAAGGGGGAAGAAGAGUUGCGUGUGGGCGGCUAUGGGGCCGUUGCGAGACCGGGCGAGGGAGUCGAUUCGACAACAUGAAACCGCUGAGGAAACGUCAAUACCGGCGGCAGCAGCGUCCCCAAAGAUGCCGCCUGGAGAGAAUUCUGGCACUGGACUAUCACAACCGUGGAAUGCAAUCACGCUUGAGCCGCUGGCGUUUGACAACAUUCUUACGUGGCAUGAUUUCUCGGAUCUAUUCGAUGUUAUUUGA